AUGUCGUCCACCAGCAGCCAAAGUCCCAAACGACUAGAAACUUUGCCCACUGAGAUCAAGCUUCACAUCUUCCAUGCCUGCGCAAAUAUCCUAUCCAUUUGUGAGAUGUUUGAGUUAUGUCUCAUCAAUAAACACUUUUACCAAAUGGGAAUGGAAGCUAUCUUUGAGUCUGACAUACUUCAAGAUGCGGUGUAUUGGGAUCCCGUACGCGGCACAAAAGUGUUUCAUGAGAGGAUCGACGAUGAUGAGGGUUAUACCUACCCAUGUCUUCUCGAUGGCUACAACGACUCCGAAGAUGGUGAAUACGAUGAACUACCGAGGUACUUUAGAGCGCACUCACCGCUCCCCGAGAACUCCCACGACGAUACAGAACUAUUUACGGACUCAAUAGACCGCGACUUCAUUCCAAGCAGCGAGUUUUGCGUAAGAUACUUGACAGCUCGGACCUUGGGAAAAAUCAGACAGAAGCCUCCCACUCGAGACCAUGUUGUACUGAAAGCUGUUGCAGAACAUAUGAAGCAGUACAAACUUGACCGUGACACGUCUUGUAACACCACAAUCGAGGAAGAAGUCGAAGUGGUCUGCGAGGUCGCAGUAAAGCACGGCUACAUUCACAAUCGACACGAUUUCUUCGCCGGCGACCCACUGUCGGAUGACAACAUACCAUCCACAUGCCUGGACGAAACUUGCGCUGUUGUGCGUGAUGGGCUAGUCGCUGUGGCAAUUUAUAGCGAUAAUUCUGAGAUACUGAGAACAAUACUUGCCAAAGCACAAUCGGUAACUUGUCCAGAUCACUUUGCCGAUGAUGAAAACAACGACCAAACUUAUGAUAAAGAGGUUGAGCGGCUGGCACCCUUUACACCCUGGCUCCCACAUGUUGACCGGAACGGGGCCAAUAUAAAACGCGGCUUUGGGCCGCCCGACUGCGGACGUUCUCUCAUCCGACUCGCAAACUCUGCUAGAAUGAUGGUACAAAUAGACAAGAUGGAUUGUGCUAUCAUAUUACUAGACAGCCUUUCCGGAGACUCUCGCGAGCAAGACUUUGUCAGACAUGAGAUUAUCUCGGAAUCAAAAACACUCGAAAGCGUGAAAUGGCUGCGCUUGGCAAUCACCUGCGGUCCUUCGUUGACAAGAUACAGCAUCAUUCUUCCGGGACUCCAACAUGAGCUAGAUUGGCUAGGGCGCACAGACUACAGCGGCCGAAAGCUUGCGGCUAUUGAGCUGAGCAAGAUACUUGACAAGACGAAAAGUGUCGAUGUAUUUGAUGUUGUUUACGAUGCUAUCAUGGAAGGUUUCACUGAGAGAGAAGGUAUCUGGUGGACCAAGACCUCGUACAGAGACACUUACGCGGCACAUACCUUGGCUUCUUGGGGAACGGCAAGGAUCCAUCGUGCCGUUCUGGAUGAUUGUAUGCCCUUGGUUAAAAGGCUCGUUGAAUUAGGCUUUCAUCUUGGCCCAACACACUCCCCCAAGGACCUUGAAGACGAGGAUGUCAAAACACUUGUGAAUAGUGAAAAGCCGAGAGAUAUAUCGUUACCGCUUGCUACCAGCAGAGGGGACUUGGAGAUGGUUAAGCUUCUGUUUGAUAUUGGUGCGGAAAGGAAUGGGAAGAAUGUGCGAAAGGCGAUAAAGAUUGCUAUGGAGCACAAUAAUAUAGCCAUCCUUGAGAUUCUUAUGGAGAAAGGUCAUCCAGAAGGACUACUGAAUCAAAGGCACAUGAGGCUUUGGAGGCAAGAUAUUGAAAAGAGGGGACAGCAGGACAUGCUGCCAUGGUUAGAGAUGAUGCGAAUCACAUGA